UACCAUGUCUGAUACGCCUUACAAAUAAUGUGAAACUUGCUUGUCCCAUAAUAAAGCCACAUACAGUUCAUUCAAUCGAAUCAAUGUCGAGCGUUCAUAUGGAACUGUACUCGAAAUAAUUUUCGAUUGAUAAAUCCUUGAUAUUAUAAAUAACGUGGUGUACUUCGAGAUAUUUCGUAAUCUAAACAAGCUGGCGUAGGUCAGUUAAUUUUUUUACCGCGUGGUCUGAACAGCUACUGUGUUAAAAAGACAUGUUUUCGAAAACACAGAAUUUGGGGCUCAUUUCUCAGCACUGUAGAAACUAUACGACAAGAAGCAAAAUCAAUGUCCAAAAGCCAAUAGUAGAAAUUGAUGGGGAUGAGAUGACCAGAAUCAUUUUCAACAGAAUAAAAGAAAAACUUAUAUUUCCGUUUGUUGAAUUGAAGAGAGAUUAUUUCGAUUGUAGCUUGACAAACCGCAAUAAUACUCAGAAUCAAGUAUCCAAGGAUGCUGCAGCAGCUAUUUUGAAACAUAACGUAGGGAUAAAAUGUUCAACAAUAACACCAGAUCACGAACAUAUUAAAGAAUAUAACUUGACAAGUCUGUGGCCAAGUCCCAAUGGAAUGUUACGCAAUGCCCUCAAUGGUACCCAAUUCCGAGAAUCAGUAAUUUGCAAAAAUGUGCAAAAAUAUGUACCAGGUUGGAAAGAGCCUAUUGUCAUGGCAAGGCAUACAUUUGGUGACCAAUAUGGGGGAACUAACAUAUCUGUACCUCCUGGAAAUAAGUUGGCCAUCAGUUUGAAAUCCGGAGAUUCCGAGAAGAAUAUUGAUGUUUUUUCAUUCAAAGGAAAUGGUGUAGCUAUGAUGACAUUCAAUACAGAAGACAGCAUAAGAGCAUUUGCUACUUCUUGCUUCAGAAUGGCAUUGGAUCGAAAAUAUCCGUUAUUUUUCGCAUCAAAAAAUACACUUUUGAAGGAAUAUGAUAAACUGUUUAAUGAUGUAUUCCAGGAUGUUUAUGAUAAGCAGUAUAAAACGAAAUUUGAAGAGACUGGUUUAUCUUUUGAAGUGCGACUAAUAGAUGAUAUGGCAGCUCAAACAAUGAAAUCUAGAGGUGGAUUCAUUUGGGCUCUGAAAAGUUAUGAUGGCGACGUUCUUUCUGAUGUUGUUGGUCAAGGUUUUGGCUCUAUGGGUCUAAUGAUCCACAGUAUCAUUUCUCAUGAUGGUAAAACAGUAUUAACUGAACCAGCACAUGGUACUGUCACAAGACAUUACAGAGAACAUCAAAAGGGGAAACAGGUAUCCACUAACCCAAUUUCUUCUAUAUUCGCCUGGACUAGAGGUUUGAGGCAUAGGGCUCAACUAGAUGAUCACGAAGAAUUAUUGAACUUCACAAAAAGUUUAGAAUUUUCUACUAUAUCAACUGUGGAAGAUGGAUGGUUCACCAAAGACUUGGCACCUUGUAUCAAGGGAGAAGACUUUACUGAUUCUGAUUACUUGUCUACUCAGGCAUUCAUUGAUGCUGUAUCAGCACAUUUGAUAAAGAAUAGAUAAGAGACAUCAACAAUUUAUUUGUACAAUAAAUAUGAAUUGAAAAUAAUAACAAUUAUUCAUUUAACUACAAUAAAAUUUCAAUAUUUAUUAACAUAAAAAUUUGUUAGAGGGGGUUUCAGUCAUUCAUUGUACUUUUCUCCAAUUUUAUCCAUAUCUUGAUCUCUGUGUUUAACAUAUGAUAAGAAUACAUCAUACAAAACUGUUACCAAAUUUAUAUACAUUAUUUGGUAUUUCACAGGUACAAAAUAAAAAUUUAUGAAUUGUG